GAUCACGCGGCGUAUAUACUCUUCGUGUACACGCCGUCGAGAGUGGGAGAGAUCUUCGAAUCUAAUAUGCGCCGUGGCUCGUGGCGAGGGUUAUGGUACCGGGGAAUCGUCUUUAUCGUCUUUAAGAAUGAGAGUGGACAGGUAGAGAUUGCUGUACGGGCCACGCGCGACACGAAGGGCUUCACUAAUAAGCUACACAAA